AUGGACUUGAUUGCAGAAUUCUUUACUUAUAACACCACUUAUCGGUUCUGGAUCUGCAAGACAUGCCAAUAUGUAGUGGAUGCUAAAACAAUUAUCACCCAUCUAGCCUUAAAGCAUAAGCGUUCUUCUUCUGCUCGUACUAAGGCACAGCGGGCGGUGAUCCAUAGUGAAGCCGUCAAGGCUGACACGUGGAGUUCAGACACUGAGCCUUUUAUCCGACCAUACCUAAGCUCCCGACCAAUCCCUGGACUACAGGUCCAUUGUGGCUACUGCUGUCCAGUCGAAAGCUGUCAAUAUGCGGCUCGCACAGUUCGCACUAUGAGGAACCAUCGUGGUUCGGUUGCUCGCCGUGGAAGGCGAAGAGCCAACCAGAAAAUAGAUCCUUUAACGGUCCCAUACCCUGUGUACUGCCAGCGAUUAGCUCCAUUUGGGACAUAUAGUUACUACUUCGUUGUCACGCCAGAUCUAGAGGAGCUACUAGAAACGCGGACACUGGUACCAGAAAUUGACGAAGCUACAUUUAUCCAAGCUCAGGUGGGGUUCGCGCUCCUCCGCUCUGAUGAGAUUGCCGAUGCAGAGGAUCGGAUUGCCCUAACUGAAAAUGACGUGACAGAGGCUUCUCCAUGGCUUGAGCUCACCCGAUGGCCCGAGUACAUCCGAGGGCAUGGAUUCUUUGACGUCGCCAAGCUCGCAUACCUACCAGACUUUGUGAUGGAGCCAAUCCUUGUCGCUAUGGAGCGCAGCGUGAAAAGACUAGUCAAUCGAGCAUUUGAGUCGAUCUCCUCCCAUCGUAUUAAUGAGUUCGAUCAAGUCCGCAUCAACAGCUUUGUUCAGAAGCCUGCUAUCUGGGAGCGUCCGAUUCAAAUCAAGCUACGCCCUAAAACCUAUAAUAGCUACUGCCAGAUCUGGGUCCGUCUUCUAAGCUUCGCGUAUCGCACAAGUCAGCCUGACCAGCCGAUCCAGCUUCGCCACCAGUUUACAACGUCGCAGUUAAGCGCCAUCGAUGACGUUCAAUCCUCCUGCCAGAGGCUUCUCCAGGAAGAACAACAUGUUUCCACGCAAAAUACUACAAUUGGUUCUACUACGCCCCAGUCCUACAGUCAGACUUAA